AUGGCUUCCUUGUUGAUGCUGGCGACAGCAGUGCUGCUGACGUUGGUGGGCCCUGGUGCUGCUUUUAUCAUUUCCCCGGUAUCCAGCACCAGAGCACUUCAACGGAGGUUGUCGUCGCCUACAGGCAUCCGAAACCGUGAUGCAAGUCAGAGGGAUAGCAGCAACACCAACUGUGCCACCAGCAGAAGAGGGAGGACGGCGAUGCAAGCGGCAGCUCGUCUUGUGACGGGGGAAGAGCUAGAGGUGGAGCUGACCGAGUGGGAGCUUCCGAUGAUCCUCGACGUCUUCGCUACUUGGUGCGGGCCGUGCAUCCAGCUCAAACCAGAGAUCGAGAAGUUGUCUCAAGCGCUCGAGGGAAAGUGCCGUGUGUUGAAGCUGGACAGCGACGAGGAGGAAGAUAUGGCGGGUGCGCUCAAUAUCUACGGCCUCCCCACCGUGAUCUACAUGAAGGAUGGGAAGAUCCAGCACCGAACAGAGGGAUUCCUCCCGGCGGAGGAGAUGCUGCAACUGGCGGACAUCCACCUUUUCGGGAAGCCGCCUCCCGAGGUGACCGACCCUGCCGAUGAUUUGUUCAUCGAUGCGGAUGCUUGCAAACCGCCUGCUGCCGCCGCCGGCGAUGCUCCGUCAGCGUGUACUCCGCCGCCGCCAACUGACACCUGCCCCAGCCCCUCGGCUGAUGCUUCGUCUUCGGCUAGCGAGCCAUGAGCUGUUCGAUCGUUGUCGUAGGCCGGACGGGUUCUUGCUAUCUGUCAGGAUUUUGCAGCACGGUACCGCUGUAGCACACCGAUUGUGGUGCGUUCAUUUGCGUACACAUGCGUACGUAGAGUGGAGUCUGGACGUCUGGCCAGGGUUUAAUUUUGUGCAUGUCCCGUGCAACUUGGCGGGUUUGCAAGGAUAGGUUCUUGUUUGUGUCGUAGAGUAAUGGACGUCGCGGUUGAUACAGGGUCGUAACCUUUUACAGUGGUGACUGUCGUCAUGUGGUGCGCUUUUUCGGAGAUCAACAUCAUUAAAAUUUGUACAUCCAAUCCUGAUCACAUCGUACGUGCCGUUG